GAAUGAAGUGUCCUCUUGAUGAAUGAAGUGUGCUCUUGAUGAAUGAAGUGUGCUCUUGAUGAAUGAAGUGUCCUCUUGAUGAAGUGUCCUCUUGAUGAAUGAAGUGUGCUCUUGAUGAAUGAAGUGUCCUCUUGAUGAAUGAAGUGUCCUCUUGAUGAAGUGUGCUCUUGAUGAAGUGUCCUCUUGAUGAACUCUUUAUAUUCCUCAGGCUCUGUGGAUGGAAGUGUGGAGCUCUGCGAUGGGACCGGAGAGAGUGUUGCCGAACUCUGAGGACGACCUGGGGGGAGACGAGAGACCUGGAGCCCUGCUGCCAGUGUGGGGGGGGGAGGGAGGGGGGGAGAUAGAGGGGGAGGAGGAGGAGGAGGAAGAGGAGAACAACAAUGAUGGAGGAGAGUAUUAUUACCAGCCUCUGAACCAGGAGCCUGAGGGACACUCUCUCCCCCCCGAGCAGCCGGGGGAGGAUGGGGAGGGGGAGGAGGGGGAGGAGGAGGGAGACGCACCCCCCUUAACAGAGCAGCUGCAGCAGGUGCAGCACAGGAUACAGGACAUGGGUCUGCACCUCCCUAGCCCUCCCUCAGAGAGUGAGGAUGACGAGGAGGAGGGGGCGUCGGCCCUGAGGAGCCGAGCUUCCAUCCCCAUGGACGAAGACCACGUGGAGCUGGUGAAGCGCACCAUGGCCUCCGUGGCUCUGCCGGCUCUCGUGGUUCCUCCGUGGGCCAAAGAGAUCUCAGAGGACCAGUGGAAGGACAUGGUGGAGAACACUCUGCAGAGCCAUCAGAGAAACACCCUGACGCAGCUCAGCGGGCCCUGAACGCACCGCAGCGGGCCCUGAACGCACCACCACCACAGAAACAACCUUUACUGACCCUGAACGCACUACCAGGACGUCCACCUCUUCUGACCCUGAACGCACCACCAGGACGUCCACCUCUUCUGACCCUGAACGCACCACCAGGACGUUCACCUCUUCUGACCCUGAACGCACCACGACUACUUCAGGGAAUAACAGCACGAGGAGGGAAGCUGAAUGUUUUAGAUUUUUAACUUUAACGCCAAGUCAUGCAUAUGUAUUUCUCCAUCUGAUCGUCUCUAGAGUAAAGUGCUUCAUCUGAUCAUCUCUAGAGUAAAGAGGUCCAUCUGAUCGUCUGUAGAGUAAAGAGGUCCAUCUGAUCAUCUCUAGAGUAAAGAGGUCCAUCUGAUCAUCUCUAGAGUAAAGAGGUCCAUCUGAUCAUCUCUAGAGUAAAGAGGUCCAUCUGAUCGUCUCUAGAGUAAAGAGGUCCAUCUGAUCGUCUCUAGAGUAAAGAGGUCCAUCUGAUCGUCUCUAGAGUAAAGUGCUCCAUCUGAUCGUCUCUAGAGUAAAGUGCUCCAUCUGAUCAUCUCUAGAGUAAAGAGGUCCAUCUGAUCGUCUCUAGAGUAAAGUGCUUCAUCUGAUCAUCUCUAGAGUAAAGAGCUCCAUCUGAUCGUCUCUAGAGUAAAGUGCUCCAUCUGAUCAUCUCUAGAGUAAAGAGGUCCAUCUGAUCGUCUCUAGAGUAAAGUGCUCCAUCUGAUCAUCUCUAGAGUAAAGUGCUCCAUCUGAUCAUCUCUAGAGUAAAGUGCUCCAUCUGAUCAUCUCUAGAGUAAAGUGCUCCAUCUGAUCAUCUCUAGAGUAAAGUGCUUCAGGGACGGAGAGCAAUGCUUUUAAUCUGCAUUUUGUACAAACUCUGAAACUUAAAGACGCUCAAACCUUUGUUCAUCUUUCCUGCAGAAUAAAGUGUUUGAGUUAAGAUGUCAUUUUAAAGAUUAAAA